CCCCUCCAGCAUCCCCACACGACACAGGGCUCACAGGCGACAACAGCAUUGUGUAUGUUUGUGUGUGAGUGGGGGGAUCACCAGACACCAUGACCAUCAGGAACACCCUGCGGGAUCAUGGGCAGAGGUACCGACCUCGGAUGGCUUGUCUCAAGAAGGCGGAGAAGGUGCUGCUGGAGAUGCAGGACCCCAAAACAGGAGUGAAGUCACAGCCUCAGAGACUGGUUAUCACAACAAUACCACACGCUAUCACAGGUGAAGACAUCAUCGCGUGGUUAGUGGACAGAUUUAAAAUAGACACACAAGAGGCGAGGAGUCUGGGCUCUAUGCUGGUGGCGUUAGGAUACGUCUACCCUCUACAAGACCACAAACGCUUACUGCUCAAACCAGAUGCGUCUCUCUACCGCUUCCAGACACCGUACUUCUGGCCCACACAGCAGUGGCCUGUUGAGGAUACAGAUUACGCAAUCUACCUGGCGAAAAGAAACAUCCGUAAGAAAGGAGUCCUGGAGCUGCACGAGCAGGAGCAGUAUAACCGUCUUCACAAGUGGAUGAAUCAUAAAUGGGACUUCAUAGUGAUGCAAGCUAAAGAGCAGUACAGGGCUGCGAAGGAGAGGAAGAAACCGGACCGUGUGGUGUUUGACUGCCAGGAGAGAGCGUACUGGGUGGUUCACAGACCUCCGCCAGGGACAGUGAGUGCUAUGGACUACGGACUGGAUCGACUAACAGAUCCCAACGCAGACGAGGCCAAAACACCCGACUUCUACGACAGAAUCAUGAUCUUCACGCAGCAGUCCAUCAUGAGGCCCCGAGUGAAGUCAUCUGUGUCCAUUGGCGCAUUGGUGAAGUACUGCUCCACCUAUCACAGUCACGACCCUUUCCUCUCAAAGUGUCUUCCCAGCAACCCCUGGCUCACUGAUGAUGUCACGUACUGGACCUUGAACAUGCCCAGUGUGGAAAUACCAACGAAGAUGCGUGUGGAGAGGUGGACGUUUAGUUUUUCAGAGCUGCUCUCUGACCCUCGAGGACGAGACGAUUUCAGACUCUUCCUGAAGAAAGAAUUCAGCGGUGAGAACCUGGCGUUCUGGGAGGGUUGUGAAGAUCUGAAGUGGGGCGAAGCUGCGACGAUGAGAGAGAAAGCAGAGCAUAUAUACAAGACAUUCCUGGCACGUGGUGCACCGCGGUGGAUCAACAUCGACGGAAAGACGAUGGAAAUCACAGUGAAAGGCCUGAAACACCCACACAGAUACGUCCUGGACGCUGCCCAAACUCACAUCUACAUGCUCAUGAAGAAGGACUCGUACGGCCGGUACCAGAAAUCUCCCGUGUUUAAGGAGACGAUGAAGAAGGCCAUCUGUCCUGAGGAGCACAAUUUCACUGAUGCCCAGUUGGAGCAGAAUGCAAAGAAGAGACGGCCCAGUCUCAGUCCCAUCAUCCUCCGGCAGAUGGAGCAGGAGCAGAAGGCCAAGAUGGCCGCCAACGUUGACAUCACACAGCUGUGCCGCUUCACCACCCCUGUCCCCCACCUCGCCGUCUAUUCUGGCAUCUCUGACUUCCCCACUGCCAACGCCUCGCCCUCUCUCCCCUUCCCGGUCCACACUCCGGCCUGCCCGUCCCCCAUCAGCGUGGCCUUGGACAGCACCUCAGUGUCUGAACGGCGAGUGGAGGCCAGUGACGGAGAAGGCGAGGGGAACCCUGCUGCUCGGGCCCCCGUUGGUGGGAAUGUGUCCAAAUCUCGCAUGGCUCUGUCACUGCGUCGUCUGCUGAGGCGCGGCUGCACACCUGCCACCAUGUUCGCCAGCUUGUCGCCCAAAUGCCACUCAGCUGCCGGGACAAGUAGUCGCAUUCAGCCCAUCAGCCCGGAUCAGCCCAGUCAGGCUCCACCAAGACGGAUUGGCAAUUUCUUCCAGAUUAAAGUGGAUAUCCCUCCAGAGUGCCGUAUCUACCCCAUAGAGUCUGAGGACGAGGAGGAGGAGAGCAGGGCUGCCUCUCGGGGAGGAGUGGGAGCCAAAGAGAUCAUCUGCCCCUGGGAGAGCCUCACUCCACACAACGGGACCGGCUAAUCGGCUGCCUUCACACAGCAACCUUCCAGGACAGCGCCCGGAGAUUUAAAGAAGGCCAGGUACUCUGCAGUGCUGUUCAUGCGUACAUACAAACAACUGUCAGAGACCGCUUCUUAGCAACCCGCAGUCGCGACCCUCUCGUUUUCCGCAGAGAACUCCAACACAGCCACGCUCAACCGGGGACUCGUCAGUAUCCCCGCACCCACUGGACACCUCUCACCCAGGGCAACUCCGUAAAAGCCGCGAGUUUGGUUCCAGACCCAGUGCUGCAUGUGGAGGUGAGCCCAGCUACAUCUAGUUGGUACCACUCCACCUCCCGCACCAGCUUCAGUUCCUUCCCCACCAGAGUGGUGACAUUCCAUGUCCCUGGAGCCAGUCUGCGCCGCCGGGGAUCAACACGCCUCGGCGCCCUGCCCUGUCUGCCGCCCAGCACACAAUGCACCAAACCCUUAUCCCUGUCCCUGUAGGUAGUGAGCCCACAGGGCGAUGGCUCCUUAUUUAUUUGGACUGAGCCCACUCGGGCUCCGUGGCCACCAGACGCUCACUGGUGAGGACUGGACGGAGGCGAUCAUCAAAAAUGCUCACAUGUGCAGCACACACUUCAUAUCAGGUUAGGGAAAAAGUAUUUCCUGUUGGAGGGAUGAAUAACGUUAUGUGUAUUAAGGGUUAUCAUGUCCACCUCAUCAGAAACUGGGGAGGAAUUAAGAGGAAUAUUGGAUUUCUCUGUAACUCUAACUUUUUAGCACAUUAACUAACAUUAGCUUCGAUAGCAAAACAAAAUGGAGAAAUCAGUUAAUCACGCAUUCACUCCACUUGGCACUCUGCUGCUCCGUCUCCACAGACAGAGUGCCGAAAGUGUGCUCUGCCAGUCCAAGAGUGCGGUGCUCUGGAUAAACGAACGGUACAUUCAGACAGCGCUCCGAAUCUACGGUCCAGUUUGUGCCAGAGUCACUCCGACACUCAGAAUGAGUAUUUCUGAAUCCACCACAUGUAUCAUCUUCCUCCGUUGUCUAAAACAAGACAACAGAACUUGCUAACUAGAGCUAGCUAAUGUCUGUGGAGACGUUUUGCCUCCAGCUAAGCCCCACCCAUUAAAAAACAUCAUACUGUUUACUAACAGUAAUAGGGUCUAUUUAUUUUAUCCGGUGUUCAUCCAUUCUACUUUAUCGACUCCCCGGGGAUCAACCACAUCACUACAAUGUACACUGACAACGCGUGUUGCCCAGAGUGGUGACAUUGCAGCCUGUUUUGCGGCUGUUGCCAGCAGCGCUGUUGCUCAAUACUGAGUUGCUUUCAGAAAUUGUUUCUAUUCAUCAAUUUGACACAAAAACAUGGAACAAUAGGGUCCAGGUUGAGAUAUACUGGUUUCCUUUAAAGUUGUGUUUGUGUCUGGCUGUUUGGUGGUGUCAAAGCUUUCAUCACACAGCCAGAAAUAUAAAUCUGUUAGAAUAAAAACACCACGAGUAAUCUUCUGUACAUAGUUUUAUAGUGCAAACUCCUCCUCAGGUUG